AUGCAGCAUGAGUCGGAGAUUUUGCCGUUUCCAAACACAGAAAAGAGCUUCUCUCUUCCCGAUGACAUCAUCCAGGAAGUAAAAGAAGGGAAGCUGGGCUCUGAGGAGGAGACCAAGGAGGAGUUCAGGAUGGAGAGAGAACCUCCAGCUACACAUGAAGAAGGCAGCAACUCAUCAGUGAAGAUGUCGGAGCGAACGAGCAGCAUUCGGGACAAAGAGCGAGAGCGGGACAAGGAGAAGGGAGGGAGCGAAGGAAUAACUGCCUCAGGAGGAGGAGGAGGAGGAGGAGCAGGAGGAGCGGGAGGGAAGGAGGCGGAGAAGAGGAAGAGGAGUCGAGCGGCCGAGAAACUGCUGUCGUCUUCCAACCCGGCGAGUCCAGGCGGAGCCAAGAGGAGACGUACCUGACAGACAGACACACGCACAGACAGAGAGAGAGAGAGA